AUGACGACUUCGCUGGUCCUGCAUCCACGCUGGGCGGACACCUUGAUGUACGUGUAUGAAAAAAGCCCGAAUGAAAAUAAUCAGAAUAAAAGCCAAGCCAUGGAGGGACUGAGCGGGAAUUGCCCUGCGACUCACUGCAGGGAUCUGAUCUCGCACCCAGCGCUGGGGCGGCAUUCUGGCAGCAUAGCGACACACCAGGGCUCUGUGUACUCGGAUAUAUCCUCAUCAGACGCCGGUCGACAGUGCCCCGCUCCCCAGACUUCAUCGAGCGCUUCCCUGGGCUACGGUUACCCGUUUGGGAGCCCUUAUUACGGGUGCAGGUUGUCUCACUCGCACAACGUGAACUUGCAGCAGAAACCUUGUUCCUACCACCCUGCAGAGAAAUACGCCGAACCCAACAGCGCGUUACCCACGGAAGAACUGUCCAGCAGGGCUAAAGAGUUUGCCUUUUAUCCCAGUUUCGCCAGUUCUUACCAGGCUGUCCCGGGUUAUCUAGACGUGUCAGUUGUUCCCAGUAUUAGUGCACACCCCGAGCCGCGGCACGACGCAUUGAUUCCUAUGGAAGGCUACCAGCAUUGGGCUCUCUCUAAUGGCUGGGAUGGGCAGGUGUACUGCUCCAAGGAGCAAACACAGUCAACUCAUCUCUGGAAGUCGCCAUUCCCAGAUGUAGUUCCUCUCCAACCCGAAGUGAGCAGUUACCGUCGCGGCCGGAAAAAGCGAGUCCCAUACACAAAGAUCCAGCUGAAGGAGCUGGAGAAAGAGUACGCCGCCAGCAAGUUCAUCACCAAAGACAAGAGAAGGCGCAUCUCCGCCACAACCAACCUCUCGGAACGCCAGGUGACCAUCUGGUUCCAGAAUCGACGGGUGAAGGAAAAGAAAUUCAUCAGCAAAUCCAAGACCAGUGCGCACAUGCACACCACCUGA